GGUCUCAUAAUCCGAGUGGGCAGCUGUCUGGGUCAUCCCGGGCCGGUCGACCUGUUCGAGGACACGCCCACCUGGCACGUGCCGGACGAGGAAGAGGUCAUGACCCCCAUCGUCACAAGCAUCAUCUCCGGCAUGCAGCGGGGUAAGGCGGGAAAGUUCGCAGACGACAGUAACCUCCCUUUGCUGGUGGGCGGGGCCGGAGACGUGAGGAUGACUGGUUCCCCGAUCGUUCGGAACGACAGAGUGUAGACAAUUGGAUCGACCAUAACCACAGUUGGAUCGACUGGAACGACAGAGUGGAGACAGUUGGAUCGACCGUAACAACAACAGUUGGAUCGACCGUAACAAUCGAGUGUAAACAGUUGGAUCGACCGUAACGACAGAUCGAUUGACCGUAACAACAGAGUGGAGACAGUUGGAUCGUCCGUAACAACAACAGUUGGAUCGACCGUAACAACAACAGUUUGAUCGUCCGUAACAACAACAGUUUGAUCGUCCGUAACAACAACAGUUGGAUCGACCGUAACAACAACAGUUGGAUCGACCGUAACAACAAAAGUUGGAUCGACCGUAACAACAACAGUUGGAUCGACCGUAACAAUCGAGUGUAGACAGUUGGAUCGACCGUAAUAACAGUUGGAUCAACCGUAACGACAGACUGUAGACAGUUGGAUGGUCUAGAACGACAGAGAGAAGACAGUUGGAUCAACCGUAACAACAGAAUGUAGACAGUUGUAUCAUCCAUAAUGACAGGGUGUAGACAGUUCGUGCCGGCCUGGGUGAUAUCUACUAGUGGGACAUUUGUGAGGCAUCGUGGUGAAAUCAGGCGCUUGUCAAAAUAAAGAAAUGGAAGAAACAGGUAUUUUUCUGCCCGUUUGGCAUUUUCUGUUGAAUUUUUGUGUUUUGGCUUAACACCCUUUAUUGUCCAUUUAUUAAAACCAUAUUUCUGUGUUGAUUUUACUAAAAAAUGUUAAUAAAAGCACAAAAAUUGUAAA